AUGGAGAGAUCCCUGGCUGUGCCCUGGUUGCCCCCACACGACGCGAGGACUCCAGCGCUGUCGGUGGUGGACAUGCACACGGGCGGUGAGCCGCUGCGCAUCGUGCUGGAGGGGUGUCCAGAGGUCGCUGGCCCCACGCUGCUGGCUAAGCGGCGGUACAUGCGCCAGCACCUUGACCACGUGCGACGGCGGCUUAUGUUCGAGCCCCGGGGGCAUCGCGACAUGUACGGAGCCAUCCUAGUGCCCAGCGAGCUGCCGGACGCGCACUUAGGCGUCCUAUUUCUGCAUAACGAAGGCUACAGCUCCAUGUGCGGCCAUGCAGUCCUGGCGCUGGGCCGCUUCGCUCUCGACUUUGGGCUGGUGCCUGCGCCCCCUUCAGGCGCGCGCGAGGCCCGCGUGAACAUCCACUGCCCUUGUGGGCUAGUAGCCGCUUUUGUAGCGUGCGAGGGUGGCCGCAGUAGCGGCCCCGUGCGCUUCCACAGUGUCCCGGCCUUCGUGCUGGCCGCAGAUCUCACAGUUGAUGUUCCAGGCCAUGGAAAGGUGGUGGUGGACAUUGCAUAUGGUGGCACAUUUUAUGCCUUUGUCAGUGCUGAAAAGUUAGGACUCAACGUUUGUUCUGCAAAGACAAAGGACCUCGUAGAUGCAGCAAGUGCUGUGACAGAAGCAGUGAAGGCUCAGGUUAAAAUUACUCAUCCUGGGAGUGAAGAUCUGGCUUUUCUCUAUGGAACUAUAUUAACAGAUGGAAAGGACACUUAUAGUGAGGAACCAACUACCAACAUCUGUGUGUUUGCAGAUGAGCAGGUUGACAGAAGUCCUACCGGUUCAGGAGUGACAGCCCGGAUUGCCUUACAGUAUCACAAAGGGCUUCUAGAACUGAACCAGGCCAGGCCCUUUAAAAGCAGUGCAACUGGCUCGGUGUUCACCGGGAAGGCUGUGAGGGAAACAGCAUGUGGUGAUUUUAAAGCUGUUAUAGUGGAAGUCUCAGGACAAGCCCAUUAUACAGGUACAGCAAGCUUUAUAGUAGAAGACGGUGACCCACUGAAGGAUGGAUUUCUUCUCAAGUGA